UCGGUUUGCUGCUAAAAAGUAGAAUUCUGUAGUUUGAAUUGUGGAGUCAAUUUUAAACUUUCAGUCAGAUGGAAUAUCAGCUUUCAAUAUUUUAACCAGUUAAUAAUGAUCACCAUGGAGAGGACCUUCCCUUUCAUCCUCACCAUCAUUCUAUUCACUUCGUUCUCAAAUGGAUUCAACGUCACACUGAGGCCAGAAAAGCUGAUAAUUGAACUAGGAAAGAAUGAUUCCUUUAAGAUCACUCCUAAAGAUGUCUUACUAGAGCCAGCUGAGAUUGACCUCUUCAAUGAUAAAUAUGAUGUAGCUAGCAUACCAUCUCAGGUGGACUUACUCUCUAACAGUUCAAGCUCGGUAGCAGUCCUGGUAUCCACUCUCUCUGUAGGAGUGUGUCAUAUUUCCAUGAAUACUACGUCUUCAGAGAUAGGGGAUUUGUCAGGAUUGUAUGUAGAGGUUAAUGUGGUCCAUAGCAGUGCAUUGUCAAUUAUCAUCAUAGUAGUCGGUUGGAUAUACUUUGUGGCCUGGUCUGUCUCCUUUUAUCCUCAAGUUUUCCUCAAUAUCAAACGAAGAAGUGUUAUUGGUCUGAACUUUGACUUCCUGGCAUACAAUUUAACUGGCUUUGUAGCAUAUGGUGUCUUUAAUGUAGGCAUGUACUGGAUACAACCAAUAAAGGAUGCAUACAAGGCUAAACACAUGUAUGGCGUGAAUCCUGUAUUACUAAACGAUGUCAUCUUUACACUCCAUGCUGUAUUCAUCACCUCAGUCACCAUAUUCCAGUGUUUAAUCUAUGAGAGAGGAAACCAGAAAGUGUCACUCAUAAGUCGAAUCAUUCUAGCUGGAUCGUGGCUCUUUGCUCUGAUCACGUUGAUCAUCACGGCUGCAUCUGGUGGUUCUGUGAUCACAUGGUUAGAAUUCAUCUAUUACUUCUCUUACAUCAAACUAGGAGUGACCCUCAUCAAAUACAUCCCUCAGGCUUAUAUGAAUUACACAAGACAAAGUACUGAAGGCUGGAGUAUCGGGAACAUAUUGCUGGAUUUUACGGGAGGAUCAUUCAGUCUGCUGCAGAUGUUUCUUGUGUCUUAUAAUAAUGAUGACUGGGCAUCCAUCUUUGGUGAUCCAACCAAGUUUGGUCUUGGGUUUUUCUCCAUUGCUUUUGACAUCCUUUUCAUCAUUCAGCAUUAUAUACUCUACCGGGGUAAGAAACCUGUUGACAAGAUGGGUUCAUCUGACGAACAUAAGCCGCUGAUGAGUAGCCAGGAACCCACUCUAGAACGUUCUGGAAGUUCCAUUAUUAACGGGUCAGCUCACUGAUCGUAGGCUAUUUAAAAAAUCUGAAGGAUGUUUAGUCAUCUGCUUUCAUUAUUUUUUGUCAUAAGUAUCAAUACAUUUGUUUGAUUAAAGAUUGAACAUUUGUUGAUACAAGGAAGAGUUUCUCAGAGUUAGUUCUGACUUCACGUCACGUCAUCUGAACAGGUAUCCUGUAACUUAUAAACAUGUUUUGCAUUAUUCAUUGCAGCUUUUCUACUCCCUCAAAUGUUCUGUCAAUGAUACAUGUGAAGUAUAGUGAUGAAAAGACGCAAUGAAAAAUGUAACAUUGACUUUGAGUAAAGUGCCAGGCCCCAACAUGAACACGGCCAUAAAUUUAGAUAUAUUUAGGGUUAAUGCUACUUUCUUAUAGGGCUCAUAUCUAUUAUGCAGCACAAAUUAGAAUAAUGAUAAAAAAUCACAAAAAUCUGCAAGGCCAAUGAGAGAGGCAUUGAGGCCUAUCAAUAGGAUGGUCUUGGAUUAAUUUAAGACCAGAGGGGGGGGGGGGUGUUUCACAAAGCUUUAAAUAUGACUUGGAGUCGCACUUAAAUGCCUAGUUGCGUGUGUUAUAAAAGGCAUGACCCUAUUGGUCAGAUCAUGCCAAGAGGACUCACACUACUGUGCAUCAAUCAAGGAGAUUAGGCGUUGCAUAUCAUAUACGCAUCAACAUUUAAGUGCGACUCUUAGUCAUACUUAAAUCUUUGUGAAACACCCCCAGAUUAACAUUUUUUUUUUAGCUUUUAAGUGAUAUUUGUACAUUUUGCUUACAAACAAGUAAGCAUGGAUAUUUCAAUGAUGGCUGUAUUUCAUGUGCAAUUAUCAACAUUUGCACCAUGUUUUACUAUCAAUGAACGCUUUUUAUCUGAUUGGAAUUAUAUUGAAUUGUGCAAUCUUAAUGUUGUUUAUACAUGUAUAAUUGGUUGAUGGUAAUUACUACUGUUUUAUUCUUAUUAUGAAAAUCACUGAUAAGAAU